AGAGCCAAGACACCUUCCUUGAGUUCGAAGCGUAGACCAGCGGAGAUGAUUGCCACAACGGUGUGUUUUUACCUGGUACUGUUGGCCAUACUAAUGGCGUUCCUGUCCCCCUCGGCAGAUGGUUGCUUCAUCCUGUUGGCAUGCCUGUUGAGGUCCCCUUACUGUCCAUACAACACCACGGCGUCUGGAUAAUAGCGAAUAUAUUUUAUUGUUGCCCCUUCCCACGCCGAAUAAAUACAAUUUUGCUUUAAAUAAACAUAUCUAAUCCCAAUAAAUGUAUAUAAGUCUCUUU